AUGAUACCAGUUAGAAGAAUAACCACUGAAGGUGAUUUGAACAAAUGGGCCAACAGUGAAACUUUUAAUGAAUUGGUUGACUUUGUUGAAAGGUUACAAGACCUGGUAGCUGGGAAAACUAAUGAUGAAGCUAUCGAAGUAUCCCCAGCAGUAGAAAAGGUAAUGAAGAUCUUAUUGAGAAUAGAAUUAAUAAUACAAGAGAAUCCCGUACUCCACGAAAAGAACAUUUCCCGGUUCGGUAAAGUUGAAUUCAAAUCUUUCUAUGAUCAAGUAAAGUCAGAGUCUCCAACAUUAUUAAAUAACUUAACUUCGAAUGAACAAGAUGUUGAAGAAAUAAGUGCAUAUUUAGUAGAAUCAUGGGGAAAUAGAACUAGAAUUGAUUAUGGUUCUGGUCAUGAACUUAACUUCUUAUGCUUUUUAUUCUGUUUAAAUCAAAGAUCAAUCAUAAAACCUUCUGAUUAUGAAGGUGUCAUAUUAAAAGUAUUCACGAAAUACAUAUCCAUAAUGAGAAUCUUACAAAGGAACUAUUGGUUAGAACCUGCUGGAUCUCAUGGAGUUUGGGGGUUAGAUGAUUAUCAUUUCCUUCCAUUUUUGUUUGGUGCUUCCCAAUUAUCUACCCAUCCUUAUAUGAAACCAAAACUGAUUCAUAAUGAUGAAUUAGUUGAUACGUAUUACAAACAAUACAUGUAUUUUGAAUGUAUUCAUUUUUUGAACUCCGUGAAAAUUAUGCCCAAUAAUCAACAAAAAUUGAGUAUCAGGUGGCAUUCUCCCAUGUUGGACGACAUUCUGUCGGCAAAGUCAUGGUUGAAAAUCAAAGAGGGGAUGAUUAAAAUGUAUAAAGCUGAAGUAUUACAAAAAUUACCUAUUAUCCAACAUUUUAUGUUUGGUGAUAUUAUUAAAUGUCCUGAGGGGAUAAGUGAAUAUUCAGGAGAGGAGGACCAUGAUAAUCAUGCUCAUAAUACUUGGGGAGACUGUUGUGGGAUCAAGAUCCCUAGUGCUAUUGCAGCUUCAGAACUGAUUAAAUUGAACAAACCUAAACCUGUUCCAUUCGAUUAG